GGUGACAGGCGGGCGCUCUAGCCCUCUCCCCCGGAAGUCUCCGUGACCGCAGCCCGCGCCGCGUUGCAGAGUGGGUAGCCGCUGUCAGCAGCUGCAGCAGCCAUGGCGUCCCGUGCCCUCUGUGUGUGUGUCCGCUCAGCGCUCCGUCCCCUCCCCCGCCGCUCCCUACCGGCCCUGGGCACCAGCACGCCGGCCUGCAGGCAGCGCUCCACCCUGGCCAGGCCCUCCGCCACCGGCGCCCCGGUGCUCGCCACACAGGUGUCCAACUCCUUAUUUCGGUCAUGUCGCCAGUACAGCGGUGCACCCCCCCUCACCCUGGAGGGUAUUUCCGAGCGGGUUUUAUAUGUACUGAAGUUGUACGAUAAAGUGGAUCCAGAUAAGCUCGCAAUCAACUCUCAUUUCAUGAAAGACCUGGGAUUGGAUAGUUUGGACCAAGUUGAGAUAAUCAUGGCAAUGGAGGACGAGUUUGGCUUUGAGAUUCCGGAUGCUGAUGGUGAGAAGCUCAUGACUCCACAGGAGAUAGUAGAUUACAUUGCAGAUAAAAAGGAUGUGUAUGAAUGAAAUACACGUGUCAAUCUCUCCGUUCUUUGUAGCUGGGAUGGGCGAGCUCUGACCUCGCCUGCAUGCUGUGGCGCCAUGACUGCAGUCACCACCUCUUCCAGGAUCCUGUAUUUAAACUGUCUGAAUGUGUUGGCCUUUAAUAAAUGUAAAACAAAAAACUG